AUGUCUGAAAAUGAAAUACUCUCCGUGAAUUUCGUAUCAGCAGUUGAUUUCAUCAGUGGUGACUCAUCGAUAAAGCUAUCAGAUGACAUCAAAUUAAAGCUUUAUGCCUAUUACAAAACUGCCACAAUUGGCCCAUGCAAUACGCCAAAACCAUCUUUACUUGAAUUUGUGGCACGAGCGAAAUGGAAUGCAUGGAAAUCAAUCGGGAACAUGAGCCAAAAAGAAGCCAUGUUACGAUAUAUCGAGGUGAUAGAGAAUGCUAAUAAAAAUCAAGAUUCGCGAGGGUUCGCGGUAUCUACGUUAUCUCACAUCGACGAUGAAGCAGAGGAAAAAUUUUUGGAACCGGAUAUUUUUUGUUUUGCCAAGCAGGGCAAGAUUUCGGACAUAAUCAAAUUAUUAGACUCUACAGUGGAUAUAAAUACAAAAGACAAACAAGGAUUAACGGCAUUACAUUGGGCAAGUGAUAGUGGUCAGCUAAAAGUCGUGGAAUUGUUGGUAGAAAGAGGUGCGGAUGUCAAUGCCCUGACAAAUGAGCGAGAGACACCUUUACAUUAUGCAUGUCUUUCCGAACAGUUAGAAGUUGCUAGGUUUCUUUAUCGGCAUGGGACAAAUAUUACACUGCAAGAUGAUGAAGGAAAGACUGCUCUCGAGAACUGCAAGCAAUCGUUCAGAGAACUGGUGAUUAAAGAUGAUAACGAGAAAUAA